CCGACCGGACAAAAUGGCGGCGGGGCGGCCCCUCAGGGAGCGCCCUUAAAGGAGCCGCAGCACCCCGCGCUCGGCGGUGCGGGUGGUGAUUGCUCUCCGAGGGGAAGGAGGCGGCGGAGAGGCGCGUUGAGAACCGGUGCCAUCCUUCGGGAGCGCUGCGAGGCCGCCCUGCCAGCCCGUGCCGCGGCGGCGAGACGGCGUUACCAUGUCAACGCAGUUCUUCCAGGUAUUGCCAUGUGAUACCCAGCACCUCUGGCAAUGAAGAAAGGCUCUGUAAGGAAAGUUUCAGGUAGAAAACCACAGUCAUCAGCAUCCCUGAUACCUCAGCCAAUGUCACCUGUCAGUUCUGGUGCCACACCUCCACGUCUUGGCCAACAGACACCUCCAGCUGCUCCCAAAAGCAUGGAGCAGAGACCCCAACAAUGGGAUAUUCCAGCAGAAAAUGUUGGAGCUGCUUUUAAAUUGCAGAAAGGUGAAAAUGGUGUUAGCCCAGGGGUUAGGUACAUAACUGAACCCCUUAUAAAGGGUCUGUCAAAACAUCAAAAUCUGGCAUGUAUAAGCUCACUGAAUCUCUCUUCCCCAAAGGAUGGGGACAAGAAAUUUAAGUACAUAGAAAAUUUGGAAAAGUGCUUCAAACUAGAGGUGCUAAACCUUUGUAACAACCAAAUAGAGAAGAUUGAAAAGUUGGAUAAACUGCUGAAGCUGCGUGAGCUCAACUUGUCUGGCAACAGGAUCAGCAAAAUUGAAGGCAUAGAACAUUUGCAGAACCUACAGAAGCUGAACCUGGCAGGGAAUGAGAUUGAGCACAUUCCUGUGUGGGUAGGGAAGAAACUGAGAUCGCUGCGCAGCCUGAAUUUGAAACAGAAUAAAGUGUCCUCACUCCAUGAUAUAGCUAAACUAAAGCCUCUGCAAGAUCUGACUUCUCUGUUCCUUGCUGGAAACCCAGUUGCAUGUCUGCCUCACUACUGCUUGUACACCAUAUUCCACCUGAGGGCACUGGAAAACCUGGAUGGACAGCCAGUGACAAACCAUGACAGGCAGGAAGCUCUGGAGAGGUUUAAUUUGGAAGAGAUAGAAAAAUUAGAAAGAGAGUUGGAAAACACAAAAAAGGAGAUGGAGAGCGUGAAACUUAACCAGACCAAAGUGCUUGAGCAACUUCAGCAUCAAGAUGAGCUCAACAAGUCACUAAAGGAAAAGGCUGUGCUACAGAGACAAAGCUUUGAGGAGCUACAGAGGGACCUGGGCACCAAAAAUGAGCUGUUCUGCUUUCCACUCUCUAUUGGAAUUGUGCUGCAUGUUCUCCUUCAGCUGAAGCAGAAGACAGUGGAGCUGACCCGGGCUUGCCAGAAGCAGUAUGAGCUGGAGCAGGAGCUGGCCUUUUACAAGAUUGAUGUCAAAUUUGAGCCCUUGAAUUAUUUGCCCUCAGAGGAGGUUGAACUUGAUAAUGUACCUGGUGAAAGUCCCUACAUUGGCAAGGCCAGGUACAAAAGAAAUAUGUUCAUAAGGGAAGGCUACAUCUCUGACAAAGCUCAGCAGCUGCAGGUUGGGAAAAUGCAACAGCAGGAAGAUGGCUCCUGUAGGAAACCCCAGCUGGAAUCACAUCUCCAAAGUCUAGAUAAAAUACUGCAGGAGAAAAAAGAAAACAUUAAUUCAGCACAAAGAAGAUUAGAAGAACUGCAAAGUGAAAUUGGAGAUGCAGAGCAACAAGUGCUGAAAGUAACAGGGGAACUGCAACAACUGGAGGAUGCUCUGGCUCAGAAAAAAAUCUGCCAGGCUAGCAAGGAAGCAAUUGAACAGAAAUUGAGUGAAAAGUUACAAAUCCUGCAGGAGCUACGCAAUGAAACCUUACAACUGGAAAAACAAAUAGAGAAACAGAAAAGAGAAAUAGGGAAAAAUCAAAAAGAGCUUGAAGAUUUGCAGAGUUCUCUUGGUUCUGUAAAUCCUGAGGAUCCAAGGCAUGCUCACAUGAAAGCUCAAAAAGCAAGUAAAGAACAGCACCUGGAUAUGAUGAACAGACACUGCCAGCAGCUGGAGACUCGCCUGGAUGAGAUGCUCUGCAGGAUUGCCAAGGAAACUGAGGAAAUCAAGGACUUGGAGCAGCAGCUCACUGAUGGUCAAAUAGCAACAAAUGAAGCACUGAAAAGGGAUUUGGAAAGUAUUAUCAUUGGCUUACAGGAAUACCUGCAGAGUGUGAAGCAUCAGGCAAAACAGGCCAAUGAGGAGUGUAAGAAGUUGCAGAAGGAAAAAGAAUCUUUGCUGGGAAGACUGGCAGGUCUGGAGGAGGAUAAAAACAACCUGGAAGUGGUUGCCAUGGAUGCAGAAAAUAUGAGAAAAGAAAUUGCAGUGCUGGAGAGUUCACUCCAGGAGCAGAGAGAGAUUAAUGAGUCCCUUCAAGGUGCUCAGGAGAAGGUCAGCACCCACAAGGCUGAGCUGGAAGCUCAAUUAAGAGAGAGAGAUGCUGAAGCCAAGCAGCAAAAAGAAGAAUUUGAAAGAUUGAAACAACUUAGCCAGAUGGAGCUGUCAGCCCUGCAGGAUGAACUUGAAAGGGAAAGACAGCUGUUAGAGAAUGCUCAGACCAAAGCACAGCUGGCAGAAGAAAAGGAACAACAAAAUUACAAGCUGCAUUUACAGUUCAAGCAAUUGCAGGGAGACAAUAAUUUCCUAAAACAACAGCUUAAAGAUCUCCAGAAUCAGCUGAACCAUGCAGUUGGUAACUUAAUUCACCCUGAGGAUGUCAUGGCUUGUAUAAAUGAACUCAGGAAAAGGCUACAGGCAGGAGCAGGAGAGAUGAAGUGCCCAAAUUCAGCGGAUAUUUUAGGGAAAAACCUUGCAAGUCUGCAGAAGGAAUUCAGUGACAUCCUUGCUGAUGCACAGAAGGAGAAAGAGAAAGCAUGGGCUGGACAGAGACAGUUGCAGGAAGAAGUGGUAUCCCAGCAGGAAAAACUGGAACAAAUGCAGGAGAAAUACAGACAGGUUAAAGCUGAAAACAGGCAAAGUAAGAACAAGGUGCAUCAGUUAGAGAAUGAAAUUCAAUGUUUACAUGAAAAAAUAAAGAGCAUGGAAGAAAUUCAGGGCCUGGCUGAUCAGCAGCUCCAGGAGGCAGAUGAAGAAAAAGAGGCUAUUCUUGCUCAGCUGGAGGAUUUAGAGAAAAGGAAAAAAAUAGAAGAUGCCAGGGCACAAGUGCAAGUGCUGAGUCUGGACAAGGAGCUGAAGGAGCUGCAGAGAGCAGUGAUCACCUCGGACAAGCUGGCAGCCACCGAGCUCUCCAUCGCUGCCAAGCAGCUCAAGGCUCUGCAGGGCACUGUGCUCAGGAUCCACCAGCAGAGAGCUGAGGAGCUUGAGGAAGUCCAGGAGUUCUGUGCUGAGGCAGCUCGUGCUUCCCAGGCUCUUGCCAAAGCAGAAGCAGAAAGAGAAUUGCUACAACAACUCCUGAAGGAGAAGGAAGAGCAACUUCUGCAGGAAAUGGAGAAAGCUGGUGAGCAAACUGUUGCAUCAGACACUCAGAAGUUUGAAAUUAAUAAACUAAAUGAAGCUGUGGAACAGCAAAAAGCAGAGAUUGACCGUUUGAAAUGGUUCUUGGAUAAUAUUGGGACAGGUAACAAAGAUGAAAUUGAAACCUUACAGGAUGAAAUUGCAGCCCUCAGAAAUGUGCUCUUACAGCAGAAUGGUCAGAGCCCCAGUACAGCAGAGCCCCUGAAAAGAGGGGGAUACUGGUACUACCUGCCAUCAUCACAGGCUUCAACUCCUGCUUCCCAGAGCACUAAAGACUCUGGAGUGUGUUUGGGGUGCUCUGGCACAUCCCCAGCCAGGAGGGAGGAUGCUCAGGACAAGCCCUGGGGGAGGCAGGACUUGCCCAGCCAAGGAUGUUGGGUUUAUUCACCAGUCAGAAACAGGCUGUACGAAGCAAAUUCUGGCAAAGAAAUAAGAGCAAAAGAAGAUGGUGAAGGAAAUGCAGGAUCUCCUGUCCCUGAAGCCUCUCCCUUUGUCCCACCCCCGGGCACAGCCCUUCCAGAUGGGGCCCCUGCACCUCAGGGCGUGGGGGUUUAUGGCCCUCCUCCUGCAGCAGCCCCUGGAGCUCCAGUUGCUCCUGGAUCCAUCAUCCAUAGCCCACCUCCUCUGGGAUCCCAGGUGGUUUGUGGCCCUCUGCCUCCAAACUUCACAGUGCCACUGGUUCCCCUGGGAGUGCUCCACUGCAACGUGCCUGAACAUCAAGAUCUGGAGAGUGAAGUCUCAAGGCUGGAAGACACUGUGUGCUAUUUAAAGUCUCAGAAAUACAAAGAGAAAUGCUCAGAGGCAGCUGAGCAUAAAUACAGAAAGGAGGUGGAAAGAUUGCAUGGAAAUGUUGAAGAACUUGAGCAGGAAAGAGAAGAGCUGGAACGUGAAGUGGCAGAGCUGCGCCGGGCAGCUCAGAAACUGAGCACACACAGGGACUUCAUUGACGGCCACACUGACAGCCUCCCUGCAGAGCUGCAGCUGGAGAAGUCCCUUCAGCAGCAGGAAGAUGUUGCAGAGGAGAUUGAGUGUGCAGAGAAAACCCUCCUGAAACGCCGGGCUGAGCUCAGAGAGGCUGACAGGCUCCUCUCAGAGGCUCAGGUGGAACUGGAGAGCACCCGGGGCAAGACUAAAGAGACUCUGCAGAAGUACAACCGUGCCAAACACCAUUUGUCCUGCACUGAAAUGGAGGCAGAGGAGCUGGAGCAGAGGGCUCAGGAAACAGCCACCAAACUUGUGGAAGCAGCUCAGCAGCUCAGGUUAUUACAGACAGAUACGAGGGAUUUGGAACAGCUUAAGAGGGAACAAGAAGGUAUUUUGAAGGAAAUCAACAAAAUGGUGGCUGCAAGAGACUCUGAGUUGCAGUCAUUAAACCAGAAGAUAGAAAUGCUCACUGAAAGUCUGCAGAAGCUCCAGGAAGACAUCAGACUUGCAGAAGGUAAUGAGGGCCAGCAUCUCCAAAUCAUCAGGGAAGCAGAAAACCUUGUUCAGGGCAAGAAAACUGAACUGGAAACAUUGAAAGAUCAGAUUUCUGCUCAGAAGGAAGAGCUCUUGUUCCUGGAGCAGCAGGUGACUCAAAAAACAGAAGAGCUCCAUGGCCUUCAGGACUGCAUUUCCCAAAGGACAGGUGACCUCAGAGAAGCUCUUCGAGAUGGAGAGACUGAAGCGCAUGAAAAGCUUCGCCAAAUAAGGGAAAUAAAAGUACUUCUGGGAGAGCUCAGUGUUGAGAAGAAUGAACUGGAUGUCCAGAUGAAUGAGAGAAGUGCACAGCUUUUGGUCCUAAAGAAGGAUAUUAGAAAGGAGGAGGAAAAUCUUCAGGGAAUACUUGGGCAAAUUAGCAAGCAUAAGAUGGAACUGAAACAUGUGCUGGAAAUGCUGGAGCUUGAGAAGAAUGAGCUGGAAGGUUUGAAACUACAACAUGAGCAGAAGGUGAAUGAGCUGGAAAAGACCCAGGUGGCUGUUCUGGAGGAGAAGUUAAAACUGGAGAAUGUUCAGAGGUUGUUUCAGUGUCAGCAAGGGGAGGUGGAUUGGCAGGAGCAGCUCCUCAGGAAGGACCGUGAGGAGAACGAGCUCCUGGGCUGCCAAAUGAGAGCUCUGCAGAGCAGCAUCGAGGCUCUGAGCAGAGAGAAGGAGAAGCUGCAGGAGGACUCCAGGACUUUGGAGAAGAGGUUGUCACAAACCAAAAGAGACUUAACUGCUGCUGAAGACAGCAGCAGAACUGCACUGUCUGACAUGGAAAAAGUGGAAUUGGAAGUUAAGAACCUGCAGCAGGAGGUGGAGCUACUGAACAAGCAGAAGAAAUCACUGAAUGCAGAGAUUGUUGCUGUCCAGGGGGAUCUUCAAGGGAAAAAGGAAGAACUGGAAAGACUGAAAGCAGAGCUGAAUGACUCGAGGCAGCAGCUUCACCUCGUGGAACAGGAUUUGGAAAACAACUCCAGGCAGCAGGAGGAGCUGCUCAGAGAGCAGGCAGCCCUGAAGGAAGACAUCCAGGGGUAUUUAAGGAAACGUAAGGAAUGCCAGGAGAGGCACAGGAAGAGGCAGAACCAACUGCAGCAGCUCCAGAAAAAGAUUGAGGAGAAGGAAACAGAACUCGCCCAACAGGAAGCGGUUCUUCAUCGCCUCAAGCAAAACUCAGAGCAUGAAGGGAAAAAACUGGAAGAAUGUGCAGCUAAAGUGAAGGAUCAGAAAAUCCUGUUGGAAAAGGAACUAACAGAUCAACACAAGAAACUGGAGCAGGCAAUAGCUAAAGUCAGGAUGGCAGAGGAGAACCUUGGCAAGCUGGAAAAGGAGGAGUCCCGGUGUGCAGCUCUUGAAGAAACCAUCAGAAAAAGCAAACAUCAGCUCUCAGAAAAAGAAAUACAGUUGCAACAAAAAGACAGAGAAAUACAGUGUCUUCAGAAAGAACUGGAGGUCUCCAAGUCUGAGCUAAAGCAACUUCAAGGUCAGAUAGUGUCAGAGAGGAGAGAAGCAGAAAAACAAAUCUUGAAUCUGAGAGAAACACAGAAAAUGCAAAGGAUGGAGCUUGAAAAAAAACUGCUAGAGCAGAAGCAGGGAAGUGGCAGCUUGCAGAGUGCCGGGGCCGUGGCUGAGCUCGUCACCCACAGCCACUGCCCACCAGCUGAGCACCCUGGGGGGGACCCGGGCCAGCCCCCACGGGACUGCAGCCACCCCCAGAGCCAGGUUAAAACCCAAGACCUGGAAGAGAGACAAAGGGAAAUGGAGAGUGCAGCAACCUUGCUUAACCUGGAGGUUGAAAAUGAGAUUAGGACAGGGUUUGAAUCUUCACACUCAUCUUCUUCAGACCCCUUGGGAGAUAUGGAAGCAUCAUUUGAAGGAAAGAGGAGCCUGCAGUGUGAGUGUGAGAACUCAGAGACUGCUUCCUUCACUGCUGCUGACAGACAGCUCCUCUCCUUGGAAGAAAAGUUCAAUAUUUCCAGAUUCUUCUUACUGGAUGAGCAGUGGCGGGGAGAGGCACGCCGGGAGAAGCUGCAGCAGCAUGAGGACAGGCUCAAGGCGCAGCUGCGGCGCUGCCUGGCCAAGCAGGCCGAGGUGCUGCUGCAGGGGAAGCGGCAGACGGCCGGGAGCCUGCACAGCCUCCAGCGCCAGCUGCAGGUGCUGGAUGACCUGGUCAGCAGCCCUGCUUCAGAUUCCUUCUUCCUGCCCAGCAGCCCCAGCCUGGGGUCUCUUCACAGUGUAACAAAAGCUCAGGUCCCCAUCAGCCCGGGAAGCGCGUUGGGAUCACCAGUGCUGCGUUCCAGCUCCCAGGGAGCCUCUCGGUGAAGGCCAGAGCUUGUCCCAGCACAGUAAACUGGGCACACAAAGCACAUGUUCCUGCAGGAUCCUCCCCCUGCCACCUCCUUUCUGGGCAGGGCAGGAGCACCACACUCACAGCUCAGCUCCAUUUGAUGGCACACAGGGCCAAACUGGGGGUCCUUGAGGUCACUGGAAGUAUAAAAGAAAGCUUGAACAGACUGAUUUAUACAUGCAACUACUUCAGGAGGAGAGCUGGAACUGCCCUGUUUCCACAAACAACAGCUGGGUGUCACAGCCACGAGACACCAAGAGCACCAAUGUGCACCAGAGAUCUCCUGUGCAUUCUGAGGAUGGAAAUAUCCAGUAACUGAUGCUGGUAACAACCCAACCAAACCAACCAGCAGCAUGAACUCCGAGACAGGGAACCAACCACCUGUGUGGCUAUGAAAUCUGCAGAAGCCAGCGUGCCCUCUCUUCUUCCCAAGACCAGGAGGCCAAGGAGUGCCAAGUACUCCCAAACACAGGGAAGUUUCAUGUUUCUGAGCACAUGACUUUAGGAUAUCACUGUGUGGUAAACAAUGGUGUGCUGCUGUCCUGUUCCAGCCAGGAGGGAAAUGCAUCCUGCAAUCCAAGUCUAGAAAGUGAGGAGUUUUUUUUAAAGCACUGACAAACCAGGAACUCAGUGCAGUCUCUGUCACAAACUGAAUUUGAAGCGAGUCUAAACUAGAUCUUCAUUGCUAAAUACACAGCUCUGUUUGUCAGGCUGUUUCUGCUUGCUGUGUCCAUUUUCAUUAUGUCCUCUAAGUAAAGAAGUUUUAACUAUGCUGUUUCAAUACUAAAAACUACUGGUAUUACAUUUAUUCCAAGGGUCACAUUACAGAAAAGAUUCUGAAAUACUCCAAACCAUUAGUAAAGGUCAGGAAUAUUUUCUGGAGGACAGAGGAUUCCUUUAAAUAAAAAAAUAAAAAAAAAUCAAGCAAUACUAAACCAAACAAGUAACAAACUUUUAAACACUCAAAUUCCAAUAAGGAUUAGCAUGAAUUCAAACUGUACUCAGAUCUUGGAAUAAAAGUUAUAUUCUACAAGGACUCUGUGCUGAAGGAGAGAAAAAAAAUGCAACCAACUAAACACAGAAACCCUGCUGAGAAUUCAGCCUUGGAAAACUGAGCAGCUCAGCAUUUACUGCAGACGAAAGAAGGAAGUCCAGACAAGAACAGGGCACAAGAGGGGUCAGUAAAUUCUAAACUAUCAGCUACAUGCCAGUGCAAGGGGUUGAUGCCUUGAUAGGGUCUGCAGGAACUGGAGUUCUGCCUCCACCCUCUCUGUUCCAGACACGUGAAUCUCAAUAAUUCCAACGGGUGGGAUGGGGCUUUCCUCUUGGGAGAGCAAGAACUGCAGGCUGAGAAAGCUGCACAUAAAUAUCCACUGCUGGCACUGUGCACUGUGACAUCAAAGUCAACCAGCCAUGAGUUUACUGUUAGCAGAAAGCAGAAGUUUAGUCUGGGAGCUUGGCCUACCUGCCAUCCUUCUUCCAGACAAGGCUGCCAGCUCAGUGUUGGCUCCCUUCUCCCAGGUAAGGCUGCCCUGGAGCCCAGAGCAUUAUUGCAGGAUGGCCACUGGCCAGAGCAUCUCACUAAGCACAGAUUUAUGCUCAUUUCAAAGCCUAUACAAUUCAUUUCUGUAUUACAUUAAGAUUGGAAAUUUUGCAGUGAGCAGUGUCACCAAAUCUAUUUCCCAUAUAUCAACUUCUUAGAGGCUUUUUUUUUUUAGAACGUUAAAGAUGACCUUAAUGAGACACCAGUACAUCUACAUCUCCUCCUCUAAUCAACAAGCACCACACAGACAUUUAGAAAUCUCACUGAAGCCUUAUUUCAAGUAUCAGCUACAUCUGUACUUCCUGAGAUAAGAUUGUUCUGGGCACACUGCUGUAACAUUCUUUAUCACAGUAACAUAACUGUAAAUAUCAGAUUCACACCAGCCUUUGUGAGACCUGUGCAGUUCCUUUCAGUUCAAGGACACAGUUUUAACUCUUCACUGGAUAUCAACUGCAUUAAAAAAUUUAGUACCUUUAUGCUCAACAAGAUGUGUUAUGAAAGGAGACCAAAACCUGCAUGCAGAGGGUUUAUUGGACACUGCUGUGGUUCACACCAUCAGCUGAUGGAUGGUCCAUGUGCAGGGAUGAGAGCUGGGGAAAAAAAAUCUACCACCUUCAAACUCAGCACUGCCCAGUUGUUACUGGCUCCCUGCAAACCACAGCACUCUGCAGCCAGGGAACCACUGGGUAUUUUACAAAGGUAUUUUGUGUGGCAGCCAGGUGUCCUGUGCAUCAUUCUCCAAGGGUGUGCAGCAGGAAAAGCUCUCACAGCUGAAGCUGCAGAUUACUUGGAUGUUAAUUAACAGACAACAAUAAGAUUGGUAAGGGGGAGGAGGUGGAGAGGGGUAGAAUUGUUUCAUUUCGUAAUUGCACUUUUCCCCUGAUAAGGACUUUUGUCAAGCACACAGAACAACGUGGUUCAACUGGUACCUCACUUCAGCAGGCUACUAGAAACUGUGUGAGUGCUUCAGUUAUGGUCACCUGUCAGAUCACAGCACACUGAAGGUAACAACAGUUCUGUUAUCAAUUCAUUCACCCAAGCACUGAAUUCCCAUCGGUCUGUUGUCCACAGCAAGCUAUGAGGUCUGCUACAAUUAAAUUCCACUGUGCUUCUCUGGCUUUCACACACCAAGGACAUUCAGGUCUUCCUGGACCACAUCAACAUCUCAGCCCUCUAUCAGAUGAUGCUCUGCAGCCACCCUGCUCUGCUUAUUUAUUCAUUUUUGCAGGCUUGGCUUUACAAAGCCCUGCUGAGCCUGAUCCCCGAGGAGCCUCAGAGCCUGCUGCCUUCACACCUGUGUGACAACAUCACUUGUUGUGGGCCAGUUCCUUACUCAUCCCUCAGCUCUUCCAGAGUCAUCCUCCCUUGCUCCCCCAUUUGGAUUUCACCAAAGCAUCAGCAACAUCAGCACAAGAGAGGAAAUGUGGCUGAGGUGAUCUCUGUUCACCCAGCAGGUCUGGGAGCUGCUGUCCAGGAUCACUUGGCAUUUCCUUACUGCUCUCCUUCCCUGAGAGCACAGGAGGCCUGCAGGCUCUGGGGCUCACACUGCAGCCCUGCAGAGCCCUUUCCAGGCUGCUCUUGAAGAAAUGCAUUUGAUAUGUUCCCUAAUCCUGUCAAACACCUUAACCCAGCCUGAGGCUUAGGAGGUUUUUCUGAAGGCCUCACAGGCCUUCACUUCCCCUUCUUCCAGGAGAACUUCAUUUUUCUUUUUAAAUCAAAGCUACAUAACACAGCACCUUCUCUUUCUGACUUUGCUCACCAGCUCUCCAGUCACACCCACCUUGUCCUGGUUAUCCUUCUACUGGUUUCACAUCCUGCUUCAUUAAGUUACUCCAUUUUGCUUCCUAAACUUCCUGCAUUUAUAUGUGCACACCUCAAUUCUGCCUAACCACACCCCAGCAGCAGAGCUGAACUAAUCACUGCCUACCUGUCCUCAUCAGCCCCAGCACCUUGUGAAAUGUCCCUCCCCUCAGCCACCCUUCAUCCACUUGUAUCUCCUCACUUCUCCUACUCUCCUCUGACAGAACACUCCAGCCUGUUGUGUCUGUUCACAGCAGGAGAACCAAGAUCCAGACAUAUCAGCUAAGUUUGGGACAGAACAUACAAAACCAGCAGAGUUUUCUGUCAUUCCAACAAAUCAGAACACUCUGGAGCCCCCACCUAGGAAAACACAAGUCACAGACGUUUUAGGUAAAUAUUAACUAAGAUCUACCUCCUGUUUAGGAAGAUUCAGCAAGAUGAGAAUCAAUCUAAGCAGGUUUCAUUCGAUGCCCAGGAGUGAGCAGGUAAUUUUAAAGCAUUAUUUACAUUUCACAUCCCAGUACCUCCAGUAGAACAGGUUUGUUUCCAAACUGCUGUCCUUCAUAAGACCUCCUCAUGUUUUUUGUUACUCAUAAAAUGGAAAAGAGGAACUUCUUCCUUCCACUCAGACUUACGACAUUUUCAAAUCCCUACAGGAAGCUAGCAAAUUCCUUUAUAAACCAUAUUAAAUUGUGACAUUUAGUAAUUAAAUUCCCCAAGGUUUUUUCUUCCCAUUAGCAAGUAGUACCCAAGCAGGAGGGCCCCUCAGUCCAAACCAUGACGGGAAUCAAUCCCAGGCAAUCCAUUCCACAGGAUAACAUCUGUAAAAGAUGUGGUGGCUUGGGGUUUGAUAGGGUUUAGGAUGCAGCCAACCUGAGUAAAUCCUGUUCACUAAAGGGCUCUGUCACCUCUGAAAAACAUCCCAAAACAGAUCUACCCCAUCUCAAAGCAAAAGCCACAGCCAGCAACCUCCUUUAGUGCAAGGAAAAUUCAGCACAACUCCAAUCCAAGACAAAGCUACCAAGAGAUGUUGCAGACGCUUAGUGUGCUGCAAACAGGCAAUAAACAAUUCAGAGAAAGAAAAGAAUUUCACUGUUUAGUCUAAAUAAGCCUUGACAAAAAACCCAGUCUAGAAUACUUUCGCUGCUUUCUCAAAUAGGAAGUGGCUUUUCCCUCAACCUUCAAAGUUAUUUUUCUGUCAAAGUUCAUGACGGCACAGGCCAAUAUAACAAAAAGUAGAGAUAACGCUGCACAUCGGCCACAUAUACGGCACAACAUACACACACACACCCUACGUGCAACCGCAACAGCUCGUAAGGGGGAGAUAUAGAAACACACAUAUAAAAAUAUCGCCUGUGGCCGGGCGCUCGCCGGUGGCGUUGCCGGCCGUGCAGCGCAGGGAGCAGCGGGAGGCGGCGGUGACACAGAGCAAAGCGGCCUAGUUCUGCCCGCAGCCUCACCCCGCUCGGCCCGGCCGCCCCUUCCCCUCCCUGCCGGCCCCGGGGCCCUCCCGCAGCGCCCUCGGGGCCGCACGGCGCUCUGCGGGCACAGCUCCGCGGCUCGGGGCGGCACCGGCACCG